AUGGGGAUGGAGGAGAAAAGCUUGGAAGUGUUCAUAUGGGCACGACAACAGGCAAAGGACCUCAAUGAUAGGAAAGAGUAUAGUAUAUUAGGAUUCAAGUUUAGAGGAGACGCAGGAGAGACGAAGGAGUUGCGGGAGUUGUAUGAGCCGACGAUUUCGUGGCUGCUGUCGGACGGGAGCGAAGCUGACGACGUGGCCGGGCUGCGGCGCGUGCUCGCCAACGGCACUCUUCUGCUGGAACCCUUCUCCGCCGAGGAGUACCGUCCGGAAGUUCACAGCGCCGCCUACCGCUGCGCCGCCUCCAACAUUGUCGGCACCAUCGUCAGCCGCCGCGUGCAGGUCAGGGCAGCGGUGGUGAAACAGUACUACGAGGUGCAGGUGUACGACGAGUUCGUGAUGGCUGGCAACACUGCUGUGCUGCGCUGUCACGUCCCCUCUUUUGUCAGGGAUUACGUCGCCGUCACGUCAUGGUUACGUGGUACGCGCGAUCCCAUUGUCACCGAUAUAGACACAGGUGGGAGGUACUCGGUAUUCUCGUCAGGGGAGCUGCACAUCCGCCAGGUGCAGCCGUCCGACGGAGUGCUGGCCUACCGCUGCGAGACGCGACACCUGCUGACGGGCGAGCACCGCCUCAGCGCAGUCGCGGGCAGGCUGCUCGUGACGUCACCGCAGAAUUCGGUGCCGCCACGUAUCACGGAUUCGCGGAGCCAUGUUCAGGCCCACUACCGCCAGCCGGUCGAGCUGCCGUGCGCUGCACAGGGCUUCCCGCUGCCAUCCUACAUGUGA